AUGACAGUACAAUAUAACCAACUUGUUCUCACUGGGGGUCCAGGUGUAUUUUUCAAAUUGCUAUUGAAAUGGAGAGGAUGUAUUUUCAAACUGAUCUACAUCGAUGUUAUUGUUUUCAUGAUUUUAUACGCAUUAAUCACUUGUGUAUACCGUUUCGCUCUGUCGGUUGAGUGGCAAAGAACCUUUGAAGAUAUUAUAAUAUUUACCAGGAGCUUUCAAGGUCUAAUCCCAGUUUCUUUCAUUCUUGGUUUCUAUAUCGAUAACGUCUUUACAAGGUUUUGGAGACUAUUCAUGACCAUCCCAUGGGUGCUUAAGUUCGCCAUUUCAAUUUCUGGGCAUCUUUCUGGAAACUCUGAACGUGCUCGUUUAAUGCGACGAACGUGCUUUCGGUACAUGAUGUCAAGCCUAAUUAUGACCUCUACACGUCUCAACCUAAUUGCCAAGAAGCGUUUCCCUACACCAGAAUUCUUCGUCGCAGCAGGAAUACUUACAGAAGAAGAGUUGGACAUAAUUAUGAGUGUUAGUCCCAUUCAUGUCCAACCGUUUGUUCCAAUAGUAUGGACUACUUCCCUCGUCACUCUCGCCGGAAAAGAAGGCUUUAUUACUAAUCAUCAUGCCUUGGUGUCCAUCAUUGAUGAAAUAAAUAACUUUCGUCAGGGUCUGUUGGAUAUGUUUAUGAUCGAUUUUGUUUGCAUCCCACUGGUUUACACACAGGUUGUCACAUUGGCAGUAUAUAUUUAUUUCAUAGCCUCACUUGUUGGUCGUCAAUUUAUAAUCGAUAGUUCGCGAACAAAUUCACAAGAUCUCUAUUUUCCUUUCUUCAUGUUCCUAGAGUUCAUAGUGUAUAUGGGAUUGUUAAAGGUUGCCGAAACACUGGUUAAUCCUAUGGGGGAAAAUGACGAAGAUAUUGAUAUUAAUGAGGUGAUAGACUUUAAUUGGAAAACUGGAUGGUGUAUUGUCGAUGGAAUGAAAACAAGCGCUCCAGCUAUUGUACGAGAUUUCCACUGGCAACAAUCCGUCAUCGAAUUACCCCACACACAGGAAUCCAAACGACUAGCUUCUCGCCCAUUUAGAGGAUCGACGUAUAAUAUAAACUUUCCUUUCACUUCUGAUAUGAUCGGAUCUGCGUUAUCUUUAUCACUAAUUGGUCAUUCACAAGAUUUAACGACUGCGCGUCAUUUAACUCGAAAUAGUACCAUAAAUAUUCCUACUAGGUUGAUCCCAUCUGAGAGCGUUGCUCCCAGCGAAACUGAUAAUACGUCGAGAUUGAAUGUUUUGGAUGAUCAUACGGCUAUGGAUGCUGGGUUUUUAAGUGUUACUCCUAAUACUCCCGCAGUAAACCGUCUUCUUCAUGAACCAAUAGAGGAGGAAGAUGAAGAACGUGAAGAUGACGAUCAGUCUUAUAG